AGAUGUUAUUUUAGUUACAUUAAUGACAAGGACUUUUAGUUCUAUAUCUGGCUUCUGUUUUUCUGGGCUUUCAAAAGCAUGGCACUUCAAGGAAUCUUUUUUACUUAUUUUCUCUCUUACAAAGGGAAUGCUACCAACCAUCUUGCAGAACAGUCUUCUGCAAGUGGAUGGAUGAACUGAUGUGGAAUGAAAUGACAAAUCACCUUGACCAGCUAAGUUUAUUCCAAUGAGUACCAUCGAGCUCUAAGGAAAAUUAAGCAGAGAAAUAAGUAGAUGAUAAUUUCUCCCUUCAUUUCCAAAUCUACAUAUGUCACAGAAACUGCUACCUCUUCUGUAAAAUUUACUUCAUACCACAGAUUGUCAUCAGAGAUAGUAAUUAAUGUCAGUAGUUUGUGAAACUAGGUAAGCAUAAGUUAGAGAAAACUAGGACUUGUCUAUCUAUUUAGCAAUGUCUAACUGAUGAUUCAGAUUCUGCAAACACAUUUGAAGCCUUGGAAAGCUGAAACAGGACAGGUCUUGAUAAAAGAGAAAAGCAGACAGAAUACACAGUACUAUACUUUUCCUUGUAAAGUGAAUCUUGUGUUUCACACCUAUAGAUUUAGAAAGCAUCGUUCUAACUGUCCAUGGAAUUGUGAAUAUUUUCACAGACAAUUUGGAGAAAAAGCCUUCCACAGUUACUAGAAGUCCUGUGCAAGUUCCAUGAACCUGUGGAAAUUAUUGUGGAUGCCACUGAAGACCAUCUGUAAGCUUGUGCAAGAAUAUGAACGGCGCGCAGGAUGCGGCGGAGCCGGCGCCCGUGUGGGAGCGGCCCUGGUCGCUGGAGGAGAUCCGUAAGGGCAGCCAGAGCUGGUCCUUGGCCUCGGACGCGGGGCUCCUGCGCUUCCUGCAAGAGUUCUCCCAGCAAACCAUCUCCAGGACCCACGAGAUCAAGAAGCAGGUGGACGGGCUGAUCAGUGAGACGAAAGCCGCCGACUGCCGCCUUCACAAUGUCUUCAACGACUUCCUCAUGCUGUCCAACACGCAGUUCAUAGAGAACCGAGUAUACGAUGAAGAAGUGGAAGAAUCUAUAACCAAAACAGAUGCUGGGGAGAAAGCAGAGCAGGAAAAGACACGGGAACAGAAAGAAGCUGAUCUAAUCCCCAAAAUACAAGAAGCAGUGAAUUAUGGGUUGCAAGUUCUGGACAGUGCAUUUGAACAGCUAGACAUCAAAGCAGGCAACUCUGACUCAGAAGAGGAAGAAAGUAAUGAGAGGGUAGAACUGAUACUUGAACCAAAGGAUCUCUAUAUUGACAGACCUUUACCUUACCUGAUUGGCUCUCAGCAGUUCAUGGAACAAGAUGAUGUUGGCCUUGGAGAUCUGACUAGUGAGGAAGGAUCAGUUGAUAGUGAUCGUGGAAGUGUACUUGACAGUGAAGAAAAGGAUGAAGAGGAAUCAGACGACGAGUUUGGAAACCCGAGUGAGGAUGACCAAAAGAUGAGGACAGCCCAGAUGAGUGAUGAAGAUGAUUAUGAUGGUUGUGAUCUCUUUGACUCUGAAAAAGAAGAAGAUGAGGAUGGAGACUUUGAGGAAACCACAAGACCUAAAAAGAAAAGGCCAACGUCAUUUGCAGAUGAGCUUGCAGCCCGAAUCAAAGGAGAAAUACCAGUUAAACAGGAGGAAGAGCGUUCGUCACUGUCACCAGAGGUCAAAUCAAGGAAAACUCCAAAAGAAAAGAAGGAAGUUCAAGUUCCAUCAGACGAUGAUGAAGAUGACAUCUUCAAGCCUCCUAAGCUGACUGAUGAAGAUUUCACACCAUUUGGUUCUAAGGGUGGUCUCUUCAGUGGUGGCACAGGUCUCUUUGAUGAUGAUGAGGGUGAUCUUUUUGCUGAAGCACCGAGAGAAGAUUCAAAAGAGCAAGAGGAACAAGUUUCUAUCAGUGCAGCAAUCUCUACAAAAUCCUUAAAGAAAGUUCCUGCAGGUGCAGUGUCUCUGUUCCCAGGAGGGAGUGAUGUCUUCAGUUCCUCUGUAAUUGUGGAAAAAGACAAGAAACCUGCAGCACAGAGUACAGAAAAAGCUCCUAAGCAACCUGAAAAAGUUGUUCUUUUUGAUGAUGAUGAUGAUGACUUCUUCAUGGGAACAACUAAAAAGCCUCCAGGUCCAGUCAAAUCUGCAACUGACCUAUUUGAUGAUGAUGAUGAAGGUGACUUAUUCAAAGAGAAACCUGCCGUUUCUACUGUGGCUGCUAGCACAACUGAAGAAGCGGAGAGUGAAAAGAAGGUAGCCAUAGCAAAAAAGAGUCAGCCAUCUUCAGGUGAUGAUUUCAAGCCUUCAUCUGAGACACCUCAAAGGAAACAGAGGGGCCUCUUCUCAGAUGAGGAGGAUUCUGAAGAUUUGUUUUCAUCAAGUAAAACCGUGACAUCAAAAGCUACAUCGCUCCCCACCAGCAAGUCCACAACGAAAGCUCCACUCUCAUUGUUUGAUGAUGAUGAAGAGGAUCUGUUUGGUGUGGUGCCUGCCAAGAAGCAACAGGAAAAGCCCCAGGAAGAGAAAGCGAAACAGUCAGAGCCACACAAGAAAGCCUCCAGCUUAUUGUUCAGCAGUGAUGAGGAGGAGCACUGGAAUGUCUCCAAGCCACUUAAGCUUCCUUCAGAAGAUAACCGAAAAGAGGACUCUGCAAAAUCAUCUAGUACCAUCAGUCAGGCUAAAGCUGUGAAGAAGACGAGCCUAUUCGAGGAAGAUGAUGAGGAGGAUUUAUUUGCAAUCACUAAAGAAAGCCAAAGAAAACCACAGAGGAUAUCACUGCUGUUUGAAGAUGAUGAUGUUACUGGAGAAUCACUCUUCAGUUCCCAAUCAACACUUCCUUCAGCUUCUUCAGUGGAGAAAAUAAAGCCAGCACAAACACAAUCCUUGUUUAAUGAAGAGGAAAAAGAGGAGAAGAAUGAUCGACCACAUAUUGCAAAGUCUAACCAGGCACAAGAUACACUGUGGUCUUCAGUAGAGCCUGAAGCAGUUCCUGUGCCUGGAGGAACAGAUGUCGGAAGACAGGUGACAAAGGGAAAAGUGGAGCCUUUUGCCACAUCAUCUUUGGAGCCAGAUCUGUUUGCAGCAUCACCACCAGCUCUGGAGAAAGAUGCCAGUGUCCAAGCUAGGAAAGUGUUAAGCUUGUUCGAUGAGGAGGAAGAGGAGAAACUGGAAGAUGAUGGCAUUAAAAAUGCACACAAAGGCAAUGAUGUGCCCUCUGAGAAGAGCAUUCGUCCCAAAAGCACUGGUGUGUUUCAAGAUGAAGAGCUGCUUUUUAGUCACAAACUUCAGAAGGACAAUGAUCCGGAUGUUGACCUCUUUGCCAGUCCCAAGACGUCAAUGUCUACAAAUCGUAUUCUGAAACCAUCAUCUGGAGGAAGUCUUUUUGGGGAUGAUGAUGAGGAUGAUCUCUUCAGUACUGCUAAAACAAACCCUCCGAAAAUAGCAGAGAAGAAAACAAUUAAGACCAGUCCUGUCCCUUCCUCGGAGAAUUGUAGUCUUCUAGAAAACGCUUUAAGUGCCAAACAGCAUGAAGCUCUGAAGACAGUAUCUACAGAGAAAUCUACAGGUCCCGUUCCCAUUAAAACCAAAGAACCCUCAUCUCGGAUUGGAAAGUUACAAGCUAAUUUAGCUAUUAACCCUGCAGCCUUACUUCCUGGUGCAGUGCCUAAGAUCUCCAGUGUAAAGUCCCCCUUCCCCAUUUUGGACACUCCACUGCAUGAGCCCAAUGACGUACAGAGCAGUGAAACCUUCCCUGCUGCAGGGAACAAUGAAGAAUUAGGUGUAAGCUUUGAUCAGCCUAUGCAAGCGGAUACUUUGCACAGCGCCAAUAAGACCAGAAUCAAGGUUACAGGAAAACGCAGGCCUCCAAGCAGAAUGGCCCGCCGGCUAGCUGCCCAAGAGUCUGGUGAGAGUGAAGAGGUGUACAGUGCUAAAGAGCCACCGUUCUCAGUACCAAAACAGAGAUCAACAAUAGAAAACGUAAAGGAGCUUGUUACUGAAGUGGAAUCCAAAGAAAAUGGUUUUCUCUCUGGCUCAUCACUACCAGCUCAUGGCAGCAUUGCGACUAACAAACUUCCUCCAGAAUCCACAGACCAAGGAGAUGAUCUGUUUGAAUCAGAAGAUCUUUUUGCAAGUCACUCAACAUCCAGAGCAGCUACACAAUCAAAAUUGAGGGAGGAAAUGCCAGGAAGUGUGGCCAACGAACCCAUCAAGGGCAUGGAGAAAAAGCCUGAACUCUCUGUUCUGGGUAAUCAGGACAGCAGUGCUCUUUUCCAGUCUGUACAGCAAAAGUCUUCAUCAAAAAACAGCCCUAUGUCUUUUUUGGAGGAGGAGGAAGAUUCUCUUUUCCCCAGUCAGAAAACUGGGAAGGAGGAGUUGAAAUCUGCUGUUCAGCAAGCUGUUGAUUCUGCUGCACAAGAUAUUUUUGAGGAUGAUAUAUUUGCUACUGAGGCAAUUAAGCCAAUGAGCAAAGCAAAAGAGAAAAUGACAGAGAGUAACCUCUUUGAUGAUAACAUUGAUAUCUUUGCGGAUCUCACUGUAAAACCAAAAGAGAAGAAGACCAAGAAAAAGGUGGAACAAAAAUCCAUAUUUGAUGACGAUAUGGAUGAUAUAUUCUCUGGCAGCCAGAUCAAGAUACCCACUCCCAAAAGCAGAUCUUCCCAGGCAGCCUCGGAAGUGAAAUCUGAAAGCAAGGCACUGAACACAUUUGAUGACCCACUGAAUGCCUUUGGAGGCCAGUAGCCAACAGGAGUGUGUUGCAGAGAGGAGGCUUUUCCUGAGCCCUGUCCAGUACUAACACUCUGGAUUCCCUAAUCCAGUAGACCUGAAAUGAGAUGGCUGUGGAUAUUUAAAUGACAGAUUACUCAUUUUAAAUGGUUAGUAUGCUCUUGUGCUGGAUCUAAUUGUGCUUAAUGAUACAUUUAAAGAGGACAGUAACCUCCUGCUAUUUUUUUCCAUGAUGGCCAGAUGAAUAUAGCCUGUGCAAUACCUUCAAUGAAGUUAUCUAUUAUACAAAGUAUAGUUUGUUUUAUUGAACAGAUCUAUGGAGAGAAUCCUUGAUAUUGUUAAAUAGUAAACUGAGUCUGUUAAAUGA